CAGGCGCGGCGGGGGCCAUGGGGCGCGUGCGCGGGGCCUGGAGCCGCGGGCGGCCUGAGGGGGGCAGCGGCUGAGGGGGCAGCGCCGCCGGCCCCGGGCCGCGACCCCCCCGCAGCGGGGCUCGGCGGAGGGCGGCUGGGGCUGGGCUCGGCUCCCUCGGUCCUCGCGGCCCCGGGGUGAGGAGGGGGCGGCGCCGCUGAGGUGAGGAGGAGCCGCAGAGGGAGGAGGAUGGACUCCCUGGACCACAUGCUGACCGACCCCCUGGAGCUGGGGCCGUGCGGGGAUGGAAACGGCACACGGAUCAUGGAGGACUGCAUGCUGGGCACAACGAGGGUUAGUCUGCCCGAGGACCUUCUGGAGGACCCUGAGAUCUUCUUUGAAGUUGUCAGCUUGUCAACAUGGCAGGAGGUGCUGACAGAUGCGCAGCGAGACCACCUAAAAACAUUCCUGCCUCGCUUUCCUGAAAACAACCGAGAGCAUCAAAACAAAAUCAUCUCUGCAUUGUUCAGUGGUGAAAACUUCCGCUUUGGAAAUCCACUGCACAUCGCCCAGAAACUCUUUCGGGAUGGGCACUUCAAUCCUGAAGUUGUGAAAUACCGGCAGCUCUGUUUUAAGUCCCAGUACAAACGCUACUUAAGCUCUCAGCAGCAGUACUUCUACCGCCUGCUCAAGCAGAUCCUUGCUUCCCGCAACCAUUUGCUGGAGUUAGCUAGGAAAGGAGGCCCUGAUAUGACCCUGAGGAGAAAGCAUUUCUCACCAUCAUAUGAUGCAGAAGAACGGGACAGACGGGCACAUCGGCGCUACUUGAAGAUUCUGAGGGAAGUGAAAGAGGAGUGUGGAGAUACCACCUUGUCUUCUGAUGAAGAAGAUCUAAGCUCCUGGCCUCCAAGUUCUCCAGCACGUUGUCCAAGUCCACCGAUUCCCCUGAGAGUAAUACCCACGUUAUCAACUUUGGACAUGAAGACAGCAGACAGGAUAGAACUUGGGGAAAGUGACUUGAAGAUCAUGCUGAGGAAGCACCAUGAGAAACGAAAACGUCAGCCUGAUCACCCAGAUUUAAUGACAGCAGAUCUGACUCUUGAGGACAUCAUGACUCGUGUGAAUGCUGGCAGGAAAGGUUCCUUAGCAGCCUUAUUUGACCUUGCAACCCUCAAGAAAAAGGUGAAAGAAAAGGAAGAUAAAAAGAAGAAAAAGCUGAAGAUGAUUAAAUCUGAGGUGGAAGAUCUGGCUGACUCUCUUAGCAAUGCAGACGGGAUUCCAUCACUGUCUCAGGAUCCUUCCCCCAUCCCUCUGUCAUCUGUCAAAGAGGAACCUCUUGAAGAGAUGAAGCCAUGCCUUGGUGUAAAUGAAAUAUCUUCCAGCUUCUUUUUCCUUCUUUUGGAGAUACUGUAUCUGGAAGGACCUGCUAGUCUCUCUGUGCUUGAGGAUAAAGUUCUAGAUUGGCAAUCUUCUCCUGCCAGUGCACUAAAUAACUGGUUCUCCUUUGCCCCUAACUGGUCUGAGCUGGUUUUACCUGCCUUACAGUACCUAACAGGUGACAGCAGAGAUGUUCCAUCCAGCUUCUCUCCUUUUGUUGAAUUCAAGGAAAAAACUCAGCAGUGGAAAUUGCUUGGUUCUUGCCAAGAUCAUGAGAAGGAAUUGGCAGCCCUGUUUCAGCUCUGGUUGGAGACCAAGGACCAGACUUUUUUCAAAGAAAAUGAAGACAGUUCAGAUGCCACAACACCAAUUCCCAGAGUAAGGACUGACUACGUAGUCCGGCCUAGUACUGGAGAAGAGAAACGUGUGUUUCAGGAACAGGAACGAUACCGUUACAGCCAGCCCCACAAAGCUUUCACUUUCCGUAUGCACGGCUUUGAGUCAGUUGUUGGUCCUGUGAAGGGGGUGUUUGACAAGGAAACAUCAUUAAACAAAGCCCGAGAGCAUUCUCUCCUGCGAUCAGACAGACCAGCAUAUGUCACCAUCUUGUCUCUUGUUCGUGAUGCUGCUGCCCGCCUUCCUAAUGGAGAAGGAACUCGUGCUGAAAUCUGUGAGCUGCUUAAAGAUUCCCAGUUCCUAGCUCCUGAUGUCACAAGUGCUCAAGUUAAUACCGUUGUUAGUGGUGCUUUGGAUCGAUUACAUUAUGAGAAAGAUCCCUGCGUGAAAUAUGAUAUUGGGCGCAAGUUGUGGAUCUAUCUACACCGGGACAGGAGUGAGGAAGAGUUUGAGCGGAUCCAUCAGGCUCAAGCUGCUGCAGCAAAGGCCAAGAAAGCUCUUCAGCAGAAGCCAAAACCUCCAGCUAAAAUGAAGUCAAGUAGCAAGGAGAGUUCUGUGAAAGCACUCCCCAGCAGUGCAUCAGAGCCCAGUCAGCUGAGCCUUAGUGACUCCAGCAUGCCACCAACUCCAGUGACUCCCGUGACACCAACUGCACCAGCAUUGCCAGCAACGCCUAUUUCACCGCCACCAGUGUCUGUAGUUAGCAAGACUGUGUCUAGUGCUGGGUCAGAGCCAGCAAAACCCAGCCAAAGUGUUCUUCUGGUAUCAUCCCCUACCAUGCCACAGCUUGGGACGUUGAUUUCCACAGCCCAGAGUUCACAGACACAGCCUGGGCCCCAGGCACCUCCCGCCCGGGUGGUAAGUCACACCACGUCCUCGGGACUGCCGCAGGUCCGAGUGGUUGCUGCCCAGUCCAGCCUCCCCGCUGUGUCUCAGCAAGCCCCAGUGGUAACGCAGCAGCAACCUACAUCAGUGCCUCAAAUCCGUGUUCCAGCUACAGCCACGCAAACUAAAGUGCUGCCUCAGGCUGUGAUGACUCUACCAGUAAAAGCUCAAACCAGCCCAGUGCAGGUGCAAAGACCAGGAACCUCCGUGACAGGACAGACAGGCAUCACCGUGACAGGACUGUCUGCAGCGCCCAGUCCUGCUGUAAAGCCAGUAACCAGCUCUCCAGGCAGUUCUGCCACGAGCACCUCCUCUACCACUGUCAUCCAGAACGUGGCUGGCCAGAAUAUCAUCAAGCAGGUGGCUAUUACAGGGCAGCUUGGCAUGAAGACCCAGCCAGGAAGUGGCAUCCCACUUACAGCUACUAAUUUUCGGAUCCAAGGAAAGGACGUGUUGCGCCUACCGCCUUCCUCAAUCACCACGGAUGCGAAGGGACAGACUGUGCUGCGUAUCACCCCGGACAUGAUGGCCACCCUGGCCAAAUCUCAAGUCACUACUGUCAAACUGACUCAGGACCUCUUCACAGCAGCUGCUGGAAGCAGCAGUAGUGGAAAAGGCAUCUCUGCAACUUUGCACGUGACAUCCAAUCCUGUCCAGACUGCUGAUACUCCGGCCAAGACUAGCACCGCCACUUCGUCUUCUUCCAGCCCAGCUGGCAGCACAGUGGUUAAAGUGACUCCUGACUUAAAGACUGCAGAGCCAACAAGCUCCGCUUUCAGACUGAUGCCUGCUCUGGGCAUGACUGUGGCAGAUCAGAAGAGCAAAGCCAUUACUACGGUGGCAUCCACGGAGGCCAAGCCGGCUGCUACUAUAAGAAUAGUGCAGGGGCUGGGGGUGAUGCCACCCAAAGCAGGACAGACUAUUACGGUAGCUACUCACGCAAAGCAAGUACCCGCAUCCUCAACAGUGAGUGUGGCUGGCACAGUCCAUACCUCAGCUGUCUCGUUACCAACCAUGAGCGCCACAGUUUCAAAAGCAGUUGCUGUGGCCUCGGGAGCUGCAGGGACUCCAAUAACUCUAGGCACAGGAGCCACCGCUGUGCGGCAGGUGCCUGUCAGCACCACGGUAGUAUCUACGUCGCAGGCAGGUAAGCUACCAGCACGAAUAACGGUGCCUCUGUCAGUGAUCAGCCAGCCAGUGAAAGGCAAGAGUGUGGUGACUGCCCCCAUCAUCAAGGGCAACCUUGGGGCCAACAUCAGUGGCUUAGGUAGAAAUAUCAUCCUGACUACAAUGCCAGCAGGGACAAAACUGAUCGCUGGGAACAAACCAGUGAGUUUUCUGACUGCACAGCAACUGCAGCAGCUGCAGCAGCAAGGCCAAGCCACACAGGUCCGAAUUCAAACAGUACCAGCCUCCCAUCUCCAGCAGGGAACGGUGUCUGGCUCAACUAAAGCAGUUUCCACUGUGGUUGUGACAACAGCUCCAUCUCCAAAACAGACCCAAGAUCAGCUAUGAACACUGGUUUGGAAACAGAUUGCUUUCCAAGAGCUUCCCCGAAUCUGUUGUCAUCUUCCAUUCUACCACCCAAGGCAACCAACCACAGUCAUGGAUAGGGAUCGGACUGGAUUCUGUCACGUGCUGAAAGCAACACACGUUGCUUGUCUGGAGUCAGCAUUGUGCUGUCUAGGUAGAAAUUCCACAGCAAAAGAUCCUGUAUCUAUAAAACGUUUCAGUCCAGAGCUGUAGAGCCAAGUUCUGUGGCAUUCAGCAUUUAAGAAAUGUCUUCCUUUUCUUUGUUUUUUCCAUCUGAAAAUUUUUACAAAUGGCCAUCUGUCAUUUCAGUGCAUUUUGGGUUGUAGACAAAGCAGUUGAUCUUCCUUAAGGGUAUUCCUUAACCAGGAAAACUUGCUUGGAAGGGGUAGCUCAAUGGUUUUUCAAAGUCAUGAAGAAGAGGCAUCUUGCAUCCUUUCAGUGGAGUCUAGCUGUCACUGAUUUUAUAUACGUGACUUAAGAUUGUGGUUUGGACACCAGGGUUUAUUUGUAAUGUAUCCUGGAGGUAGAAUCCUAACACAUUAAAUGUAAUAUUUAUAUAGAGACUUUUAAAAUACCUCUGCCCUAUCUCUGAGCUCAAACUUCUUGUUGAGCAGAUUCCACUUCUCUGUCAAAUUUCUGUCAAGGGUAGUAUGAGAGUCCUUGUUCAGGACGGUUCUUGCUGUAAAAAAAAAAAAAAGUAAAAAAGUACCCAUGAGAAGUGGAGGAGAUACAAAAAGUCACUGUGUGGACAAGUCUGUCAGCAAAUGAGAGUAUAUUGGAAAGGAAAAAGAAAAUGUUCACUAGAAGCAUCCUCUCUUCAUUUUCCACAACAAAUAAAUCUUUUUAUCAGUCAAAAAAGACUAGCUUGUUUUAAAAGCUUGGAAUAUGUUUUCAAAUAUGCCCCAACUGUAGUCUCUUGGACUCAGAAGAAAUAUUUUAACCCAUGAUCCUGGCCUUCAGUUUGGUUUUUAUCUUUACAAUUUUCUCUCUUUAUAAAUUUGUUUGAAUUUUGCACAUACCAGAGAUGAGUUUGUUGCUGUUCUGAUGUGACCUUGAAGCUAUCUCUGAAUGAGAUCCGAAGAAAUGUUGGACCAAGAGAAGAAUAAAAGUGCAGAAAGCCUUACAAAUCUCUGCCAUCUCCAUUCAGUUUUGUACAGCUUGUUGUUUUAUGUACAUGAUUGUCUAGCUUGCCAAGGGCUAAUAGAUUGUCCAUCUUCCUUUGUAAGAUGGUUCUUUCUAA